AAGGAGAAUCAAAGGACAUAAAUAAAACAGGGUGCGCAAAAGAAAAUAGGUGUGCAAAAGAAGAAAAUGGGUGUGCGGAAAUCAUUGCCUUAAAUAUAGCAAAAGAUCAAUUCUUAGUACAACUUGAAAAUAUGAACAAACUGUUAUUGCAGAAAUAUUGGGUUGAUAAGAAUUCCAACAACUGUUUUACGGUGUAUGCAAGAGAUCUCUUGAUCACUUGGGGCGGAGAUGGUCGUUACUGGCGCUGGAACACCGUAGAAGACGGUGAUGACCGCAUUGAUGCUGCUGAACUGUUAGAUGCAUGUUGGCUAGAAGUGCACGGGAAGUUUGAAACCGCAUACCUGUCACCCGGAACUCUCUAUGAAGUUGUGUUUGUGGUCAAGCUGAAUGCUAAAGAAUAUGGAUGGGAAGAACCAGUCGAAAUCACUCUCGAAACCCCUGCUGGUGACAAGCACACUCGUAAGGUUGAUCUGAUGCAAAAGCAGAGAGGAAAAUGGGUUGAGAUCCCAGCCGGCGAAUUUAGAGCAUCGCCUGAGCAGUAUGGCUACAUGAUUUUUUCACUCCGUCAACUUAGUGGGCAAUGGAAGAAAGGGUUUGUUAUCAAGGGUGCCGAAAUUCGUCCUAAAACUAAUAAAUAAGUUACAGAGUACUCGGCAACUUUGCUUAUGAGCAGAGAAAUAACGUUCUAGUUUUUUUUUUUUUUCCUUUUAAUGAAGCAAAAUUAAAGGAAUGUAUAUGUAAGAAAUGAUGGGAAUAGAAUAAUGAAAGGGAGAUACAAUUUUAACUA